GUUGCUGAACAACAACUGACCAGUUAAAAUAUCGGGCAUCCCAACCCUUGGAACUGUCGCCCCAUUCGGAUGUAGCUUAUUAACGCCAAGGACACCUGCUUGAUCUUUCCAGGUUUUCCACGCGGUCACUUACUUUUAACCGGCGCCUGCCUACGGACAAAAGCUCUCACCUGCUCUUUUUUUCGGGAGUGACGAACUGCAAUGUGCUCAGCAGACUGCUCCUGGCAUUCGUCAUUAUGCCGAAGUUUAUACGAGUUCAGGUAGCGAGCACGGCGAUAUGCACCAAAACGUGGAGUUCGCGCUCUAAGCGGCUUCCAGGGUCCAGGGAUAGUUACUUGCAUGCUGAGUACAGUAAUUGUUUAUGAAGCGGUUGCGCCAAUACGUAUACUCAGCGAGCUUCCUCGCGGCCUCUUUCUUUUCAGUCACUCGUUAUCAUUAUGCUCAACUCACUGGCGGCCGUCCCGCUCGCGGCUUUGAUCUUCUCCUCCUGCGUACUCGGUGCUGCAGUUGAGAAGCGCAUACCAGUUCCGGCAGGAUAUGUUGCGCCUCCCUACUAUCCUGCGCCGCAUGGCGGGUGGACGUCGGAUUGGACAGAAGCUUACAGAAAGGCUUCCCUGAUCGUGUCGAACCUGACACUGGCGGAGAAGACCAACAUCACAGCGGGUACUGGAAUUUUCAUGGGGAGAUGUGUUGGAAAUACCGGCAGCGCGCUUCGCGCUGGCAUUCCUCAGCUGUGCCUGCAAGACGGUCCCUUGGGUGUUCGAAACACAGAUCACAACACCGCCUUUCCAGCAGGGAUCACCGUCGGAGCAACAUGGGACAAAGCACUCAUGUAUGAGCGAGCAGUUGCCAUAGGGGAAGAGUUCAGGGGGAAAGGCGUAAAUGUCCAUCUCGGGCCCAGUGUAGGUCCAUUGGGACGAAAGCCACGAGGUGGCCGUAAUUGGGAAGGCUUCGGCUCUGAUCCUGUGUUACAGGCGUUUGGUGGAGCACUGUCCAUUGAAGGCAUACAGAGCGUUGGGGUCAUCGCUACGAUUAAACAUCUGAUUGCCAAUGAGCAGGAAAUGUACCGGAUGUACAAUAUUUUCCAACCGGGAAUCAGUUCGAAUCUCGAUGAUCGGACGUUGCAUGAACUUUAUCUGUGGCCUUUCGCCGAAGGUGUCAGGUCUGGCGUCGGCGCUGUCAUGGUUGCUUAUAACGCGGUUAACGGAUCAGCCUGCUCACAGAACAGUUAUCUCAUCAAUGGCAUUCUUAAAGAUGAGCUCGGCUUCCAAGGCUUUGUCAUGUCAGAUUGGUUGGCGCAGAUCUCUGGUGUAGAUUCGGCAUUGGCUGGACUCGAUCUCAGCAUGCCGGGUGACGUGCACACUGUCCCUCUACUUGGGAACUCUUACUGGAUGUAUGAGUAUUCCCGGUCGGUAUUGAAUGGCUCCAUUCCGGUUGAUCGCUUGAACGACGCUGUCACCCGAAUUCUCGCUACUUGGUUUAAGAUGGGACAGGAUUCACCCAACUACCCUAAGCCAAACUUUGACACCAACACGCAAGAUGCUGAAGGCCCUCUCUACCCUGGUGCUCUCAUCUCACCCCGAGGAGUUGUUAAUGAAUUCGUCAAUGUUCAAGGGAACCAUGCCGAGGUUGCGCGAGCCGUAGCCCGCGAUGCCAUCACGCUCCUCAAGAAUAUGAACGGAAGUCUACCUCUAUCUCGGAACGCUACCCUUAAGGUAUUUGGAACCGACGCUGAGAAGAAUCCGGACGGUAUCAACUCUUGCGCCGAUCAGGGCUGCAAUAAGGGCACGCUUGGUAUGGGCUGGGGUAGCGGUUCCGCACGAUACCCUUAUAUGGACUCUCCUAUCGACGGCCUCAAGGCCCGUGGCGCCAACUACAAGUUCUUCAACACCGAUUCCUUCCCUUCGAAUUCGAACCCUUCUCCUGGAGACACAGCACUUGUUUUCAUCAAUGCGGACUCCGGCGAGAAUUAUAUCACAGUGGACGGCAACCCUGGUGACCGCACUUCUGCGGGCCUCCGUGCGUGGCGCAAUGGAGACAAACUAGUCAAAGACGUUGCAGCGAAGUACUCAAACGUGGUCGUUGUCGUCCACACGGUGGGUCCAAUCAUUCUGGAAGAAUGGCACGAUCUUCCCUCCGUCAAAGCCAUUCUCUUCGCCCAUCUUCCCGGUCAGGAAGCAGGCGAUUCCCUCAUGCAAGUUCUCUUCGGCGAUGUCUCUCCCUCCGGCCAUCUCCCGUACACGAUUCCCAAAUCCGAAGAUGACUACCCCGACAGCCUCGACCUAGUCGGAUUCCAGCUCGGCCAACCCCAAGACACGUUCACGGAGGGCCUCUACAUCGACUACCGCCACUUCAACAAAGCAGGAAUCAAAGGGCGAUAUGCCUUUGGCCACGGCCUUAGUUACACCACCUUCUCCUUCACCAACGCUACAAUCACACCGGUCACGCCCCUGUCUACUCUCCCGCCCACACGCCCAGCAAAAGGCGCGACACCGUCGUACCCAACCUCCAUACCCCCACCAUCAGAAGCCUACUGGCCCGAGAGCUUCAACCGCAUCUGGCGCUACCUCUACUCCUUCCUCGACAAACGGGACGCCGACGCCGCGGCCGCAGUCGCAAGCUCGACGUCCAAGUACCCCUAUCCAGCCGGUUACUCAAAUGUGCAAAAACCCGGUCCUCCCGCUGGAGGAGCCCAAGGCGGCAAUCCCGCCCUCUUUGAUGUUGCAUACCGCGUCUCCGUCACCGUCAGCAACACGGGCAGCAGACCCGGGAAGGCAGUUGCGCAGCUGUAUCUGCAGUUCCCACAGGGAAUCGCGUGGGACACGCCUGUGAUUCAGCUGCGGGAUUUUGAGAAGUCGAGGACGUUGGCGCCGGGGGAGAGCCAGACGCUGGAGCUGCGGUUGACGAGGAAGGAUGUCAGUGUUUGGGAUGUUGUGAGGCAGAAUUGGGUGGUGCCGGAUACGGAGGGCGAGUAUGCGGUUUGGAUUGGCGAGGCGAGUGAUCGGUUGACGGUGAGGUGUGGGACGCAAUCGGGGGUGUGUGAGAGUGGUGUUAAGCCGCCGGUGUGAGGGCGGCUGGUGUUAUGACGCUUUUCUUAUGUGUAUGUGCUCAGUGACGAGUGGCCGCCGUCGAUCUAUGACCUUGUCUAUU